GGGGCGGGCGGUGAGACGCGUGCGCGGGUCACAGUUCCGAAUUCCCGGAACCCAUCCAAAGGACCUCAGCGCCGACCUCUCCUCUUGCUCACCGUCCCAUUCUGUCCCCAGGCCCCUGGUUCUGCUCCCUCUGCGGUAGGGAGGGAGUGCGCGGCCAGCUCCGCGCUAGUGCAGCGAGGUCCCGCGUGUGCCUUCUGGGUGAGAUUUUCCAGGGAUCCGACGGGCCCGACUCCAUCAGCGCUGAGCUCCAGAAACCUUAACGGUGGGCAGGACCUGGCUGCCGGCUCGAUGGUUGAUGUUCAGCUUUCUGCCACUUUGUGCACGCUAACUCUUAACUGCAUCUGUUUCUCGUCUAUAAAAUGGACGUGAUGAUACAUGUACUGCCGGGUCUGAUUCAUUUCUGUACACUGGCAUUCACUGGAUGGUAUUCCUCUUAUCGACUUCUGUUCUGUGGCCGAACAGGCAUUCAAGAUCGGCACCCACUGGGGUCAGAUAAGCCUGGUGUGACGAGACAAUGUGAUUUUUGGUCCUGCUUUAGAGAAACAAGUCAUUGAGUGUGGAAAAACUCUAGCCAUGGAAACCCUAAAAUCUGAGAACAAAAAGAGGGUCCUCCCGUCAUGGAUGACAGACCCUGUGAAUGAGAGAAAGGUUGUAUCAGUGAAGACAGCAGCUAAGAGGAAGCAGACAGCGGCCGUGCGAGUUGGGGCAGCAACAAGAGCCCCCGGCACGGAGACUGUGUAUUGCAUGAAUGAAGCUGAAAUGGUAGACACGGCGCUGGGAAUCCUGAUUGAGGGCCGAAAACAGGAAAAGCCCUGGGAACAGCCGUCUCUGGAGGCCCCUGAUAAGCUGCAGCUCUCCCCUCCCUGUUCCCCUCACACCAGCUCCCUGGAGAACAGCAGUGAGGAAGAAGACAGCAGGAACUCUCCUGCUCUAGGCCUCAGCCCUCCCCAGGGCCCAGAAGCUGCUGACUCUCCCUGUAGCCAAAGCCCCGAGGAGGAAAAGGAGGAGGAAGACCCGUUAAAGUACGUCAGGGAGAUAUUUUUCAGUUAGUGUGAACUGUUCACUGCUUCUGCCGAGAGCUGUAGGAGUUGCCCGUCCCUGCCACCCAUGAAAACCAGGCCUUGCUCCCAACUUCCAGUCCAAGGAGGCUGUCAGUUUGGGUGGGACUUUUUCUGUAGCAGGAUGCAGAAGUGCAUCCUGUUAUAGUCUUAUCCUGCACCACCCUCUGGCUCUGAGGAUUUGCAAUUCUAGCCCUGUGUUUUAUUCACAGUAAAAAUGAGGUCUUUAGACCUACUUUCCAGAAGCAAAGAAAAAUAGAGCUGCCGAGAACAUGGGAAUUCUAGACGGGCAGCCAGAUCUUGACUUAAAGAGACCUGUGAACAGCCUCCCUCAUGAUACAGUAGUUAGCUUCCAUCCUUCAAACCAGACAGGCUGGCAGCUGCCUACAGUUCCCUGCCAGUCUAGGAGCAGGAGGCUAUCAGGUUGGUGAGCCACACAGUCUCUGUCUACCACCGGUCACCUGUCUUCCAUCUGGGGCCUCCACCUUGGUCCCUGUACAUCUGUAAAGGAGAGUGGGACAUGAGACGCCGAGAACAAAAGAUCACACCAGAGUCCACCUUUCUUUGUGUUCACUUUGGCAUUUGAUAAACACAGAAUGAAGAACUCGUUGCCACUUAGGUUUUAGGUUUUCUGAUACACAGACACUGAAAAAAAUAUAUACCGAUGCCCCAGUGCAUAAUAAAGACCGUGCUUCUGCCUCUCCA